AUGGCGUCUCUUCCCAGAGUAUUCUCGAUGCAGGUCGCUGGUGGGAAGAAAGCAGAAAUUCCGUCAGUUGGCUUUGGCACCUGGGCAUCCGACGGCAGCAGCCCGACUACACCUGCAGACCCAAGAUGGAUCAUCGAAGGGCUGGCGUUUGCACUAGACGUUGGAUAUCGUCACCUCGAUGGUGCUUGGUUCUAUGGGGUCGACAAUGAGAUUGGCGAAGGGAUCAGGCAGUCCACAGUUCCUCGCAACGAACUCUUCGUGACCAGUAAAAUCUGGCCCAACUUCUAUCAUCCAGAUGCUGUGGAGCUUUGCUGUGACAAGAUCCUAGAGGGAAUGAAGAUCGACUACCUCGACUGUUUGCUUCUUCACUGGCCACAAGCAUUUGAGCCCACCUCGCUCGAGUACCUACAGCAGGCAUCUGCCGGCAACGCAGCCAUUGUGUCAACUUGGAAUGCAAUGAAAGAGCUAGUGAAGAAAGGCAAAGUUCGCUCGAUUGGCGUUUCGAACUUCGGGAUAAAGGAUUUGGAAGCAUUACUACCACAUGCGCAAGACGUUCCAAUAUCCGUCAAUCAGGUGGAAGCACAUCCUUGGUUCCCCAAUAAUGAUGUUGUCAACUUUGGGAAGCAACACGGUAUCCUGACGAGCUGUUUCUCGCCAUUUGCUGGACAGAAAGCAGAUGGAGCUACUCUUAUACACGAUCCGACCGUCAAGACUGUGGCAAAGAAGAAUGACAUGGGCGUCGGACAAUUACUGCAGAGUUGGGCCGUACAGAGAGGAACAAUACCCCUUGGAAAGAGUGGGAACAAGGAUCGUAUAAAGGCCAAUUGCUCGGUGCGAAAGCUGUCAGACGAGGACAUGAAAGCACUGGACGACCUCGAGAUACCGGAUGGUGCAGGCCGUACAAUCGACUUUACCGAAGAAUGGGGCAUCAAGUUAUGGCAAAACUAA